AUGUUCAGAGCCAGAUGUCUCCCUCGAGAGACUACUAACCUCUUUAAUGGCUUUAAUCGCCACCAUUCGACUAUCGUGAAGAAUAGCGUAUAUGGAGACUUCAAAAGCAUCCCAAAAGACAAAUCGGAAAUUCCAACCCAUGAAUUACUCCAGCGUGUGGGGUUUAUCAAACAACCUGCUGCAGGAUUAGUCCACUGGAUGCCUAAUGGACUUCGAGUGCUUCGAAAACUUGAGUCAAUCCUCCAUCGUCGGAUGGGAGAAAUUGGGUUCGAAGAAGUUAGUUUAUCUUCCUUAUCCCCAUCACAUCUUUGGGAACAGACUGGGAGAUGGGGAAAUACCGAAUUAUUCAAGCUUAAGGACGCCAAACGUGGAGAUUUGUGUCUUGUGGCGACUUGUGAAGAGGAGAUCACAGAUGUGGUGAACAAAUCAGUACAAAGUUACAAACAAUUACCGGUGAGGGCGUACCAGAUCACCAGAAAGUAUCGGGAUGAAAAGCGUCCACGAUUUGGGCUCUUAAGAGGGAGGGAGUUCGUGAUGAAGGAUGGGUACUCAUUUGAUAUCGAUGCAAAAUCAGCGAUGAAAACUUUUGAUGAUGUCAAUGGGGCGUAUCGUAAAAUCUUCCAAGACUUGAAAGUUCCAUUCAAAUCUGCUGCUGCCGAUUCAGGAAGUAUCGGGGGUGAUCUAUCCUUAGAAUGGCAUUUUGUUCAUCCAACCGGUGAAGAUACCCUUAUGGAAUGUGAUUCUUGUGGAGAAGUUAGUAAUGUUGAAAAAACAAUUGGUUUUCCAAUAGAAGGAUCGGAGCCUGCCAAAGAGGCCUCCGUGAAAUACUUCACCACCAAGGAUAAUUCCACAUUGAUUGCCAUGUAUUUCCCUAGUGACAGAAUAUUCAAUCCAAGCAUGGCGAAACUGGAAAUCGACGAUAUUGACCUAGACGACCUGUUGACAAACGAUCAAGUGCUUGAGAAAUUCAAAAAAGAUGCCGAUGAAGUGGCAGUGAAAGGGAUUAUUAGGGUUAUUGAUCCUAGAGUAACCUCAGCCUCAAAGCUUCCAGACUUUCCUGAUGGAAUCAAAUUCCAACGCAAUAAUUUCACCUCAUUUACCGAUAUUUCCAUCGUUGAUGCUCAUGAAGGUGAAGUCUGUGGUGGGUGUAAUAACGGUCAUUUACAAUCCAUGAGAGCCAUUGAAGUCGGUCACACUUUCUAUUUGGGCACUAGAUAUUCUGCCCCAUUGAACGCUGGGUUUAAAGAUCGUGAUCAAAAGCCUCAAUUGUUCGAAAUGGGAUGUUAUGGGAUUGGGGUUUCUAGACUUUUGGCAUCGGUCGCCGAAGUGUUACGUGAUCCUAAAGGUAUCGCUUUCCCAGCAAGUAUCGCCCCAUAUGAGGCUCUGGUGAUCGUUGCCAAAAAUUCGGAUGAAUCAGAAGUUUCGAAACUUGUUGAACAACUUGAUGAUGCCAAGGUUGAUUUCUUGGUGGAUAAGAGAGAUUCGAGCUUGCCAAUGAGGAUCAGAGAAAGUGCUAUGGUUGGGGUUCCAUUAUGCGUGAUUGUUGGUGGCUCAUCACAUCCAAAGAUAGAAAUUGAAGUUAGAAGUAGACCGUUUACCAAAAAGGAUGAUAAAUGGGCAUGGGAAGUUGCACACGAGAAAAAUGCCAAAGAUUGGCAAUGGGACUCAUUUGUCGAUGCAAGAGGCAAUGAAAAACAUGUGGUGAGUCUAGAAAAAGUUGCAGAGGUUUUGAAGGUGUUAUUGAAAGAUUUGUGA